AUGGAGAUCUUAGAUUCAAGGUUGGAACUGCACGAAAUUAACACCAGCGAAUCUGAAGGAUCCGACCCGGGUUCGGACUGGGUCGAUUCGGAAGAAGACUCCGAUUACGACAUGCUUGAUGAAACCCAUAGCAAGUUCUCAAACCUCACACUCAGGAAAAAGGCAAAAGCGUGCAAUGUUGAAGGUAAGGGUCUGGAAACGACUGCAGAUUCUUUCGAGGAGAAGUUUGAAAAAGUUCAGAAAACAAUCGAUGAGGGAACACUAGAGAAAUUGAGAGUGGAUGAAUGCAAGUUGUAUUUGAGGAAGAAUUGUCUGAGGCUAACUGGAAACAAGGACACACUCAUCCAGCGCAUAAAGGAGCAUCUAGAGAUUAUAAAUGGUGGAGGGGAGAAAAAGUACCCGCCUUCUAGCUUUGUAUUGAAUUGCAAAGGUGAUGCAUGCACUGGUGAUGUUGUUUUGUUUGAGCAAAAUGUUUAUGAAAUGUUCAACAUAGUAUCCAGGAGUGCCAGUGGUCCACCUUGUGGCAAAAGAAUUGUUGCAGGCCGUAUAGUGAAAGAAAGUUAUGGUUCUGCCAAACAGCAACAUACAUUUACGAUUGAAGUUCUCUGGAGCAAGGGAGAACAGCCUCUCCCUCCCCUUUACCCCCUACUGAUUAAGGGUCGAAACCUUUAUAGGUUGAAGACUUUGAGACAGAAAUGGAAGGAUGAAGAGAAAAGGCUGAAAAUCUUGAUGGAAAAACACUCUAGGGGAUCUCUUGCUAGGGCAGAUAGAGAAGGAAGGAUACAAGAAAAGGAGAAGAGAAAAACAAUUAUGAAAAAUAGGGUCUCCAAAAAGGAUUCAGUAAGAAACCAAUGUCAAUCACAUUCACACAUUACAUUGUCACAAUAUCAACCUCAAGAAACAAACGUAUCCAUUAAUCCAGAAAAGUCAGAAUUUCCAUCUCGAAAUUCAGGUUCAUCUGCCAAUACAAGAAAAGAAACAUCUGCUAUUGUAAAUAAACCAGAAGCUGUAACUGAACAGUGUGGUAAGUCUGUUAUGGGGUUUGACAAACUGGGAAGAUCCAUUGAUUCAGGAAGAACAUCAUUUGUUGUUCACUAUUUACAUAAUCAGCAAGCUUUGAAUCACUCAGCUUUCAAUAUUGAUCAUAUGCGGGAAGCUGAACUUAGUGCAAAUCACAAUUGCAUUGACUUACUUUCCAGAGGAAAACGAACUAUUAUUGAGAAACACCACACUUUCAGUGCUGAGACAAACGGAUUUACAGAGAGGAAUCAUCAUAGGAAGCCUUUGGCAAGUGCAAAUCAGUUUCAUCCAUUGAUGCUCAACAGAGAAAGUUAUAAGCCAAAACAACUGUGUAGACAUUAUUCCCGUGGGAGGUGCUAUUUUGGGGACAACUGCAAAUUUUUACAUGAUUUGAGCAACAAAGGGAAUGCAUGA